AGCGAGAGCGAGAGCCAGACGUAUUAAUUAAACGACUCAUUUUCAUCGCACGACAAAAACGUGAGUUUAACGCCCAUCGCCGACUAAUGCGUCGCCCCACUGCAGCUUCUACGUACUUCGCGGGAACUCUGAUAGCUACGAUCGCGUCCGUGUCCAACUCUGCUUUCGCCUCGCGGUAAAUCGACCAAUCGGAGUAAGUGCACGCCUUCGCGCGUAACUAUAGAGCAACGCCCAUCCCGCGUUCCAAGUCGAUUUCAGCCAGUUCCCCACUUCGCGUGGAAUCGCGCUCCGAGAUAUGAACUUGGUGGGGUUCAAUCCACUGGCUUCGAACCGCUUCCCCACUACGGCGCGGCGAGCGCCUCGUUUAGCCUGUAAUUUGCUCAAACACUAGCAAGCCGUCGUGCCAGGAACAUCCGUCAGAGCUGGUGCUCGGUGUUCGCUCUCGUAACCGAGGGCUAAAUUUGACAGAACGCGUAACGUGUGCUCCUUUUCGACGUUGCAGCAUCAAAGUAUCAGUCGUGUCGCGAGCAGGUCGAUGGAGAGUGUCGGACGUGACGUACGAGUGAGUGUCGUGAGGCUCCAGCCAGUGCGACGGCGUUCGUGAUUACGUUAGUUAUUCGCAUAUCGGUCGAUUUUACACUUAUUGCGUUAGUUAAGUUACGUUGGUGGGUGAUUUGGAGACACCUACGAGGAGACACGACGGGUUCGCGAGUACGUAUCCGUCAUAUUCUAGUGAUGCGUCAGCAAGAGACUGGGACUUAAUUGUCCGUCACCGAUUGACUGCCGAGAUAACGGACUUCAUCGAUGAUUAUUGUGAUCGAAGAGAAACGAUUAAUAUUUCGAAGAAGAAACAAUCGAGAGUUGGAAGGUAUUUGGAAAAACUGUGCGAGGAGAUACAGACUGAACUUAACGAGUCACUCGAUCGAUUUGAGGAAGGGCGGCUUCGAGGCGGUCACGAUGAUGCGGCGAAUCUAAUUUCGACGAUUCGGCAUUCGCAAAUUUAUUGGUCCCGUCAAAGUGGGUUGUCCACCUGGGAAGCGUACGAUAAUCGUACGAUGAUGCCGCUCGCGCCGACGCCAAUCGUCCCGGUGCCAUCGAAGCCGAAGAUCGGCUUUAGCAUCGACUCGAUCGUCGGCGGCGGGCAAGGUGGUCGCGAGGCAGAUCGCCUGGAUCGGCUGGACCGAGUCGAGAUCGAUGGCAGUCCAAUGGAGAUAGUCGAGGGCUCGUCCUCGCCGCGAGCACGCCGGAUCGCAACGAGAUCGCCCGGUGCUCAUUCCGAAGGUUCCGAUCGACCAGUCUCUCGAAGUUCCUCCGUUGAAUCGUAUCCAAACUCGCGACGGACAUCGUCGCACGUUACUAUUAGUGGCGGCGGCGGCGGCGGCGGUGGCGGUGGUCACCAUCACCUUCACGGUACCAAUCAUCAUGGUCAUCCGCAUCAUCACAACCUGUCAACGACGACGCAUCUAGACUUUGGCCGGACAACUGUUCACAGUCAUAGCGGCGGUUCUACGCCCAACAAUAGCCCUAGCCCACCACACAGGAUACCACACGGGAACUCAUCUCCAGUCGGUUCGCAUCCACAACCACCCCCAGGGGUGGUGAGGCCUAGCCCAAACUAUCUCACGCCUCCUACCGCCGCGACGGCCGCGGUCAUGGCUGCGGAGCAGCUCAAGUCUCUGUAUGGAUUACCUGGCGGUCAUGGUGCCGCAGGACCUCAGACCGGCCAGAACGAAUAUCACACGCAGCAACUGGCUUUAGCUGCCAAUUUGGCCGCGGCCCAACACUUCCAGGCGGCAAAUAUCGCGGUGGCGCUUCAGGCGCAUCACGGCGCGUCACCCCAUGGACCACCUCACGGGCCUUAUCCGCAUGGUGGAACUCCCGGUGGACCGCAUCCGCCGCCUCAUCCCCAUCAACCGCCUAGAGAUAGCUACCCUCUAUAUCCCUGGUUACUCUCGAGGCACGGUAGAAUCUUUCCACACAGAUUUCCUGGAGGUCCCGACAUACCCGGCUUCUUACUUCAACCCUUCAGGAAACCGAAGAGAAUAAGGACAGCCUUCAGUCCGAGCCAACUGCUCAAGCUGGAACACGCUUUCGAGAAAAAUCACUACGUGGUCGGAGCGGAAAGAAAACAGUUGGCGCAGGCGUUAUCAUUGACCGAAACGCAGGUGAAAGUAUGGUUCCAGAAUCGACGGACAAAGCACAAGCGGAUGCAACAGGAGGAAGAGGCGAAGGCUCAACAGCAAUCGGGUGGUGGAGGUGGCGGUGGCGGUGGAGGUGGUGGCGGUAGCAACGGAAAUGCUAACAACAAUAGCAAUAACAAAAAUACGCAUCACGUCAGCAAAUGGCAGCAGGAAACUGGCGACUACCAUCACGAGGAUGAGGAUGAGGAGGAGCACAUCGAUCCAGAGGCUGAAGAGUGCUCGAGCGGCUCUGAAGCGUAGCUAGACGUUCUCUGCCUGGAUUAGGAUCCAGGAUCGAGUAAAGUCCUGAACAGACCGCAAGGAGAGUACGAGCGAGAUGGAAGCCAUCCGUGAAGAGAACACGUGCGACGCCGACCGAACGAUAGGUUUGUUCGAGUUGACAUCGAAGGAUUGGCUUCAAUUCGAAAACGGAGCGCCUACGAUCGUGUUAACGUCAUGCGCGGUGGGUUAACAACAGUGAGUGAUUUCUCAUGGAAUAGUGAUCGCGCGAUUUGAUCUUCACGCAAUUUGAUCUUUGCCUCGAAUUACGGUCGAGACUUCGGGUAUGAGCCCCGAUACAAAAAGAAAGUCAAAAGUUUCGGAGGUGGUUUGAUAAAAACCGGCAAUAGCACGGUACUCACCAUAUUGCAAUAUUUGCGAUUGACUACGUGAGUGCGACAAUGGUUGAUAACAGCUUUAAUCUUGAAAAAGAAAAAGAGACGAAACCUUUUCGUCAACGUAAUCCAAGGAGGAUUCAUCGAGUUCUAUUUCGAACUUGUGCCAGAUAGGUUGACAAAGUAAAUACAUCGUUCUAGAGUUCGAUCACUGACAUUCUUAAAGCCCGCGUGUAUCAUAAUUUAUGUAUUUUUGAAGUGUACGCGAAUUGGGUAGCGCAGGAGUGGCUAAUGAAAAUACGAGAAUCAAAAUCAUCAAAUCUUUUAGUUCAAAAUGAUUAUUUAAAAAAGUUCUAAAGAUAAUUUGAGUUGUUGUGAAAAAAAAAUAUUCAAAUUUUGAUUUGAAACCUUUUCAAAGUCUGUAGCAAAUCCGCGUUUCCACCCAUACAGCACAAAAGGAUUGUAGAAAUAUCGCAAUAUUACAGUAAUCAGUAUUAAAAUAUGUGUACAAGCAAUCAAAAAUUUAAAAAAUAUUUAUACAAAAUUCAUACAAGUUUACAAUGCGCUAUUAAUAUCGUAUUAUUAUAAUACGUACUAUUAUAUAAAAUUUGUAUUAUAAUACGUAUUAAUCCAAUAUUAAUAGUGCAAUUGCAAAUUCAUAUUUAUGUAAUUGUUUUCUUAAUUUUUUACAUUUGUAUGUGUCGCAUAGAUUAUUCGUGAUUUUAAUAACGCUGUAAUUUCCAGAAUGCCAUAGAAUUAUGUUAAAAUUUAAUAUUGAAAUUUUGCUGUAAACACAAAAUCGAAUUGUAUUUUGAUUCAAAAAAUUUCUUUACAGAAAUUGUUACUACCGAGCAUUUUCAAAAAUUCUUUCACGUGACUAAUCACGAUAGACUCGUGCAAUACAAACCUCUUGUAUACAAUUGCUCAUAAGCAUGAAUCAGAUGUGCAUACGUGUAAAUAUACAUAAAAUAUUAGCUGUUUAUUUUCACAAUUUACUUAAAAUAUUAGCUGCUGCAUUAUUAAAAAUAUAUUGCAUAUAUUUAACAAUACUUUUGAAAUAUUGCAUUGCAAUAUGCAAGAUUAUUGCUGCAAUAUAGCUGCAAAGUCCUGUGCCGUAUGGGCAGCUACGAAUUUUAACAAAUAAUAAAAAGUGCGUUUUUUUUCUUUCAGUCUUAUUUUGUUCAAAAACGUGAUGGAAGAUUUUCGUUUGCAAAUUCGAAUUCAACGCGAUUCGGAAAUUAUAAGAAAUAUCUUAUUAGAGUUGAUGAAAAAUUUUUUGUUAGCUUCACGGGAUAUUUAUAUGCGGUAUACCACAAAUAUGAAGAUUUGUCUGGAUUGAAUUCAUAUUUAUUCGUUGACAGAUGACGGUACAAAAGUAGGAGUGUCUGUUUUAUUAUCUUCUUCUAACUGCGGAAUAGUUCCUCAACGUUUCAGUUUCGCAGCGUUGCCGAAGGCCAGAGAACAAUCGCGGAAAUCCGUAAAUAUCGUCGCGAUUAGAAGGGCGAGGCGUUCUCAGGCUAGACUAUCUUAUAACGGGUUCAGAAAAAGAGACGGAGAAAUCGAAGGCGUCCAUCGGAAACCAACUAAUGGAUGCAUUGUCUGCCGGAGACGACGAAGCUAAAUGGACGCGCUUCCGGCGGAAAGCGACGACGCUCGUAUCAAGAACGAUCGAUGCCAACUUUAACAAGGCGGAUCAUUUUUGGUCGAUUCGGAACUGUAGAAAUUUUCGCGAGGAAAAUAUUUUCCGUUUCUUUGCUCCAUGAAUUUUACUUUAGCCGAACUUUAGUUGGAAAGUCGCUCGCAACGGUUACUUGUACGCGAUGCGAGUCGAAGCGUGUAUUAAAACUUGGGGAGACAGCCUGAGAUGAGGAGGAUCGAUCGUUCGCGAUACGUCGAGACGAUGAGCCGACUGCCAUCAGCGCGCGCUCAUUUACGUUCAUUGCAAUUACAUAUUUCUUGCCAUACGAAACAAUUCGCCAUAAAGACUAACUUUCGUCAGAUGGUGUAAAUAAAAUGUAGUAGGAAACUAGAGCGCAAUCCUGGACCGAUCCCGUCCCAGGAUCUACCUGACGCUUCUCGUUUCGAGAAUGGGAGUGUACAUAGAUAAAUCGAUAAGAGGCAUACGAAAUGUAUAGAAUGCACGAGUGCAUACAGAAACCGUAAGUAAAAAGCGAAACAGAGAGUGCCAAACUUCGUAAAUUACCCUUAGCGAGAGAAGAACCCAGUGUAAACGAUUUGCAAUCUGUAUUUGCAAUUGUAUUUAAGUCGUUAUUCUACGCGAGCAGUAUUUCUUUCGUCGAUCGAUGUUUCGAGGUAUAUACUGACAGUUUAAAUUAUUAUUGCUAAUGUUAUAGACGGAGAUUCCCUGCGCCAUAAAAGCCGUCGCAGUAGCAAUAUAUCAAUUUCCGGAAAUUCAAAUUCGGAACCGCGAUAUUGAUAUAUCGACAUAUUAUCUCGAUAUUUUAAUAUUUCGUCAGUGCGCGUCUACGAUUUUACCAGCAUACGUUUCCUUUGUUCAUUUCAUUAGAAACUUAUUCCGCUAGAGAGAAAGAGAGAGAGAGAGAGAGAGAGAGAGAGAGAGAGACGUCUCACGUAGGAAAACAUUCCUACGCCGCUCAAAAAUCCGGCCAGUUGUGGCGCAAGGAUUUUCGCUUGUAAAUAAUCCUGUAAAUAGCAAAUUGUGAUUCUACUCGACGUGCAGAGCCAUAGAAUUGUACGACCAUCGAAUGAUUCAGUUCAUGUUCUCUAGCAAUAUAGCGAAAUAAAUUAAAUCAUCCAUGAAAA